CGAUGACUCGUAUAGCGAGUCAAACAUUGCCCGUUCCUCUUUAGCAUGCUUGUAUAGACAGUGUGGCCGCUCACAGAGGUCAAGUCUGAAAAACGGACAAUCUAUUAAACCGAAGAACCCAGCCGAGGGCAACAUCAGCAAAACACCAUUUGCUUCGGUCAACUUCCAAGCAAGAGCACCGAAGCGUAUCCCUUAUUACAAAAAACCUGCUUGAAUAAAGUACCCUACCUGCCGUGACGUCAGACAUAGGCCUACCUGAGACCUUAGCUGUCAAUGCUGAUAACCCAAUUUGCAUAAUCUAAAAAUGUAAAUGAUGAUUGCAUUGCCCAGAGAGGGUAUGAAAUGAUAUGCAUGGAUGGUAUAAUAUAUUGUCGUGUUCAUUUACAUUCAAGUUGCCUGUUUUAAAUCUGAAGGCUAAUAAUGGUGUGAUUGUAAAAACAUUCCAACACAGAAGGUGGCACUGUGGCGCAUUUUGGUGUUCAGCAAAUCAGAAAAAAUGGAGAAGCGUGUCCACACAGCAACUGAAAAUCAAAACACAAAUAUGUAAUUUAUAAUUAGCUGGUAGUGACAGUUCAGUGCCCCUCAGUCUACUUACUUUUAGGAAUAAACAUGAAUGUAGAUGACAUUGACGAAGAUGAAACUGACUGGAACAGCACAGACUUAGCACUACCUGCACCUCCCCGUACCGAAGCCAAAGUCAUCAGUAACGUACUCCAACUAGCAUCGCCAAGAGUCAUCCUGCAUUUUGACAUGGAUUGUUUCUACGCCCAGGUUGAAAUGAUCCGAAACCCAGCGCUACGGAAUGUGCCACUAGGUAUUCAGCAGAAAUACAUUAUCGUCACCUGUAACUAUGUAGCCAGGGACCAUGGUGUCACCAAGCUAAUGUCAGUGACUGAUGCUUUAGAGAAAUGUCCUCAGUUGGUGAUGGUUAAAGGAGAGGAUCUAACUCACUAUAGGGAGACGUCUUACAAGGUCACAGAGCUGCUGACGUCCUACUGUCCGUUGGUGGAGAGACUAGGCUUUGAUGAAAACUUCAUGGACAUCACCGAGUUGGUGGAGAAAAAGCUGACCCAGGGGAAUGAGGCCACAGAGUUCUCAUUCAAAGGACACGUUUACAAUCACAGCAACUUAGAUGCUAACGCCAGGCACCACUCCAGACUGGCGGUAGGCUCCCACAUUGCAGCAGAGCUCAGAGAAGACAUUCACUCUAAACUGGGCCUGACUUGCUGUGCUGGUGUUGCCACCAACAAGCUGCUGGCUAAACUAGUGUCUGGCACCUUCAAACCCAAUCAGCAGACCACUCUUCUACCGGAGAGCAUCAGAGAUAUCAUGGGCAGACUGAGUGGCCUACGGAAAGUGCCUGGAGUGGGACACCAGACUGCAAAGAGACUUCAGGCCCUGGGAUUGGUCAGCGUACAGGACCUCCAGCUCUUCCCAUUGGCUGAGCUUGUGCAGGAGUUUGGGUCCUCCACUGCUCAGCGGCUUCAAAAUCUGGCUCUGGGCAUCGACGAAGCCCCCGUUACCCCCACAGGUGCCCCCCAGUCACUUAGCGAUGAAGACUCCUUCAAGAAAAUAUCAUCGGUGAAAGACGUUUUGCAAAAAGUCGAGGAUCUGUUGGGCAGCCUCUUAGAGAGGAUGUACAAAGAUGGCCGCCAGCCGCUUACUUUCCGACUGACCAUCCGGAAAUACACGGCCACCAACAAGUGGUUCAGCCGUGAGAGCCGUCAAUGCCCCAUCCCCAGCCACACAGGACAGAAGAUCACCUCAGGUAGCAGGGAUGCCAUAGCCCAGCUCAUCUCCAUUGCUUUGAAGCUGUUCCACAAGAUGGUGGACACCAGCGCAGCAUUCCACCUCACCCUGAUUAACGUGUGCUUCAGUAACCUGCAGCCUCGAGGAGCUGCCAGCACCAAGGCUGCCAUCAACUCCUUCUUCACGCCCAGAUCACCUGGCAAGACGCAGCCCUCCUACCUGCAUCAGGAGGAUUUGUCUCAGUGUGAGAGUUGCCCUUACCAGCAACGGGGUGGAUCUGGUAUGGGAGAUGGUGGAGGCGUGGUAUCAAGUGAUCAAGGUGCUUCACACUGGCUACCAGAGACGCUUCCUCCUAACAGGAAGAGCCAGCUGUGGGGAGGGUCAGCGCCGAGACGUGACUCGCUAAUCACUGUGCAGCCCCAGCCAGUCAAAUCCCAGACUGGUCGAACACAGGGAAAUGAAAAGGUUAACAUUCCCAAGUCAAAGCCCUCUUUCCGACUGCCCCCCAACAUCGACCCCGAAGUGUUCAGCCUGCUACCCGAAGACAUUCAGAAAGAGCUGCUCUCCCCCGCCUAUCCAGACCCCCCCAGACCCUCCCCCAGCCACAGCGCGCUGUCAGCAACAGCAUCUGCUGGUGACAGGACACAGUCAUCUCCCACAAAACGAUCUCCUUCCUCUGACUCCAUCUACCCGCUCGCCACAUGCAAAUUCGCUGAGUCAUACAACACAAUCACAGACAGAAAGGAGUCUGUCGGGGAUUUGAAACUGCCAGACACACAGACAUGUGGCGACCUCACGGUGCUGCCAGACCCUAAGGCACCACGGGGAGACUUUUCAGCAGAACAGGAGAAGACUGGACACCAGGUGUCUACGGACUCCAUCUUCCCUAAAGACGUUGAUCCGAGGGUGUUCUCUGAGCUGCCUGCGGAUGUACAGAGAGACUUGCGGUCAGAAUGGAAGCAGCAGAAAGUCCUUGGGAAGAUCACUCCAAACUCAAAGCAAGAGAGGAAAACGUCCCUGGCCAAAGAGAGAAAGCCUCAAGCUAAAGGCAGUCAGACAAAUAACUUACUAAAAUAUUUUAAGCCCAGCUAAAGUGUGUGUAUUUUUUGUCUCCUUUUGGAGGCAUACAAACCUUUGUGUAUGAUAUUGAAAGAAAUCUAUUUUUGUCAUUGAAGUUUUAAGUUACUGCAGACUAAUACAUUGUAUGUUUAAAAGGGACAGAAAGUACAACAUUGUAAAUAUUUGGUAUGCAGACAUUAAAAUGUUAAAAGUAAAAAUGAUUGUCUUUAUCAGUU